ACGUCUGAGCCGCCAGAAACCCAUCCGCAUAAGCAAGGGGCCUUGUGCUGGCCUGGGGAAUGUGAUAUCAGCGGGGCGGGAGCAACCUGCCAUUUCGAAUGCGGUAUCAGCCAGCCGCCUGCACAACGUUCUCCCAGAAUGCCGGCUCGUGCGGGGCACCGCGCACCGCCCCGCGCUCAGUGAUGUCGUGGCGCUGUGAGGAAGUCUGGGACCACAGUUCAACAAACAAGAAGGUCUUUAUCUGUUUCCGAAUACCUGGAGUGCCAUCGUCAUAGCAGCACCCAACUAAAUCAGACUACUGGAGAAAUGAGGCGUGCGGGCUUGGGGGAAGGACCUCCAGCCUACGCUGGAAGUGGUUACAGUGUGUACGAAGAGGAAAAUGAUAAGUUAACAGAGGGCCUUCGAGAAAAAGUGACUGCAUUAAAAACCCUUUCCAUUGACAUUGGAACUGAAGUCAAAUACCACAAUAAGCUCCUGGAUGAAAUGGAUACGGGAUUUGAAUCUACAGGUGGACUAUUGGGAGCAACUAUGGGUAGACUCAAACAUUUAUCUCGUGGAAGCCAAACAAAACUGUUAUGCUACAUGAUGCUGUUUGCAUUUUUUGUAUUCUUUGUACUUUAUUGGGUUAUUAAAUUGAGGUGAAAUAAAUUUGUGACACUCUAGUUUUGGAUCUAAUUCAUUUCCUCCGACUAAGUAACUUUUGUGGAAUAAUCCAGGUCUGAUUACUCCUUAAGAAUAUUUAGACAGUCAUACUGUAGAUUAUAAUUUUGUGUUCUCUGCCUUUCUCUGUGGUUGUUAAUAAUUAAAAUUUUCAUGUUUGUGGAAAAAUAAUCAGUAAUGAUAUGAUUUUGAAAUUUGAAAUUGAUUUUAUUUCCCUGUAACAAAUAAAAUGCAUAAUGGUAUUGGAUGUGCCAGAAGAUUACAAAAAUGGUGAGCAAUUAAAUUUAAGAAAAAUUAAUUGAUAAAACAGUUAACAAAACAAUUAAUUUUCCAAAGUACAGAGCUUGGACUUAAACAUUCUUAUGGCGGUGCAUCAGGUUGAUACAUGAGAAUGCUGUGCACAGAGUAGUGAGAGCCAUUUUUAUAAUACAGUUAUUACCUCUAUGAAAAUCUGGCAAAGAUGUUCUGAUAUGGGGAGGGGGGAGGGGGUUGGUAAUGAAGCCUAUUAAAGUUAAAUCAUACUUUGAUAGCUUGCUUGCAUCUCAUCUGCUUAUCCAUUAAUAAGUAAAAAUGCAUAGAAUAUGCAGAGAAAUAAACAGUCAUUCCUUAACUGUAUUUGAAGUUUAAAUAUAUAAUUUAAUAUUUCGAUUCCUUUUUCCUCAUCCUAUAAGAUUUUCUGACUUUUCUUUUGAUGCAACUUUUAAAUUUCUCUUCUGUAACUUUUGUUCCCUAAGUGGAAAGUGAUAUUCAGCCAGAAUUCCCUGUUGGAGUACUUUCAAGCAUUCCCAACAGACACUGCAGCAGCAGCAACAGAGUUACUUCCUCUAGGUAUGAUCGGCAGUUUAAGGCAGUGCAUGUUGUGUCAACCUUCUGCUGUAAAUUUUGUAAAUAUGGGAAAAUUAUUUAAAGGAGGAUUAUAGUAUUUCUUUGCUUACAUUUUUGUAAAAUAUGAUGCUUUAUUAUUUGUCUCACUCAUGGCUGAGAUAUUUAAUGGCAUACUGGAAGUCCCAGAAUGGUAGCAGACAUGAAUGGAUAUGAUCAACCAGCAGAAUGAAGUGUAUUUGUAUAGGGAACAGACAGGCUGUGGAGAUUCUGGUAGAGCUGGCUGACUGAUUGUCCUUUCAGUAAAAAACUGAUGUUUUGAAGCCUAAAAAGAAUCACAAGCGAACUUUUGCAAAUACUGCUUUGGUUGACUUCAAGCUGAAAUGUAUUUUAAAGGGUUUUUCAUGAUGUAUGCUAUUUCCACUCCUACUCCCUUUUUGUUUACUAAUUUUGGGAAAUGUUGGGUUUAACAAUUUGCGUGGAUAGGUUCUAGAAUUUCCUGCUGACACUUAUGGAUGGGUAAAAGGCAACUGUGAAACUUCAAAGAGUACAUUUUUAGGUGGGAGACCUUCAAACGAAGGCAUAUUUAACUUUUAGUCUUGCUGGUGGACUUCAUUUUAAAGCUCAAAUUUGAAGUGCUCACACCUUCUGUGACUAUGAGAUGGAUCUAACUAUAAUUCAGAUUCUGAAAAACUCCAACAACUCAAAAAGUUGGGACAUCAUGUAAUGUAACAAUUUCUUGUAUAGAUUUUAUCCCUACUGUAGUGGACUUUUUGGGGUUACUGUGCAAUUUUCUUUUAAAAGAGAUAAAUUCUUAACAAUCACUUUGAAAGUUUUGCAUAACACAAGGGCAGGGGUUAUUUAUCGGGUUAAUUUCAGUGAUGAUGUCUGGCUUUUUGUUGCCUGUCUGAUAACUGUAAAGAUAUUGUUUGAAUUAAGAAGGAUGUUUCACCUCAGUCCUUUGAGUAUAUUGUCCAUUACACAAACUAGGCAAUAAUGCAAACUUGAUUGGCAGUUUCAUUUGGAGAUUACUGAUGAAGUAGGAUGGCCUUGUGUUCAAAUCGUUCAAUUGCUCAUGAAAUGUUGAUGUUUAAAAUUCUGGUCCAUAACAGCAAUUUAGAAAGAUUUUAUUCAAAUGAUGCAAUUGUUAUCUAUAAUGAAAAAGUACAAGUCAAAAUACCUUUUCCAAAUCAAUUAAAACUUUUUUUUCUUGUUAAA